AUGCUGCCUUACCUGUUCCCUGAGUUGUCCACCUUUGCUACAGUCGCCGAUCUCAUCACCCACCUUCGCACUAGUGACGCUCGCCUGCGUGCCGCCCUUCCCACCGAGUUCUGCGCUAAGAACCCCCCUCCACUGUACUGGACGCUCCAUUUCAUAGUCACCCGUCUCCCUGACACCCUCAGCUCAGUCCGAGACUACUUCCUUGCCCGCUGUCCCACUGAGCUCACAGUCGCCCUCCUAGAGGAGAAGCUGCUAGCAGCCGAGAAGAGCAUUGUCGCUGUAGGUGCUGCUCGUGGCGCUCCUCGCACCCCCGUCUUUGAGGGGUGUUCUCCCUCUCCCCUCGCUCCCUCCUACGCUACUGCUGCUGCUGUUGACCUCCUUGGUGCUGAGUCUGCUGGCGCUGCUUCUGCUCCUGGUGGGAGGCGCCGCACCGGCAAGGGCAAGGGGGGCAAGGGUGGUGGUGGUGGCGCUGGGGGGGGAGGUGGUGGGGGAGGUGGGGGAGGAGGCGGUACCGGAGGGAGCGGUGGCGAGAGUGCUGGUGGGGGUGGAGGCAGCGGUGGGGGCGGGGGCGGCGGAGGGAGUGGUGGCAGCGGUGGCGGCGGUGGCAGCGGUGGUGGCAGUGGUGGCGGUGGCAGCGGCAGCGGUGGCGGUCGGGGCGGCGGUAGUGGCGGUGGUAGUGGUCGGAGUGUGGGCCCCAGCUCGGGCCAGUCCUCGCAGCAGCAGCAGCGUCCUCAGACGACCCAGCAGCUCCGUGAGUGGCUUGCUCAGCGUGGGACGUCGAGAGGCAGUGGUCGCUGUUCCUAUGUCAUUCGCACAGGUGAACGCAAGGGGCAGAAGUGUGGGAGGUUCCACACCCAGUACCGCUGCUUCUCCCGCCUUGACGACGCUUGGCGUGAGGAGAUGGGCGAGGAGGUUGAGCGCCCCCGCUGGGCUGAUCUGAUGAGGGCUGGUGUUGAUAUCUUUGCUCUUGAUUAUGAUGCUAUUAUUGCUGCCAUGUAUGCAUUGACUGUUAGUGCUGAGGGGGACUGUUACUUGUGUGUGCCGCCUGACCCAGGUAUAGAGCCCACUGCCCUAGGUACCAGCGAGUCUGCUCUCUCAGGUACUGUGCCUUCCGAGGCUACUCCCUUCGGUACACCCCCUCCUGCUAGCGAGUCUGCGCUCUCAGGUACUGCGCUCGCUGAGGCCUUGCACACCUUCACGCUUGACUCAGGUGCUUUCCGCUGCUUCUUUCGUGACAGUACUGAGCUCACUCCCCUCCCUGCACCAGUUCCAGUCUCCCUGGCUGACCCCUCCGGGGGUCCAGUUCUUGCACGGUCUACCACUGUGCUUCCCUGUCCGGCGGUUCCGUCUGGCUCGUCGUCGGGUUUCCACCUCCCCUCGUUCUCUACGAACUUGGUGAGCACCGCUGUUAUCUAG